AUGGCAGAGGCCCGAAUCCCAGUCUUUUGUAAUGCGCAAGUCUCAGCGGAGGUAUGCGCCACUAUCGCGAAUUCCUCUCCAAUAUCGUGUCGCAACUUGCGUUGGAGCUAACUCAGGGUGAUGUAGACACUCAAUCACUUCUUCCAACAGGCCAAUGAAGAAACCCAUAGAAAAUGUUUCGACUAUCCGAUGAGCUUUUUGAUGGUAUCCACCAGAGUGCCUGAAGAUGUUGACCAGCAUUGCACCGCGCCACCGGUGGAUGGGAACGGGAUAGAGCACAAUCCGUUCAAAGACAUGUCCACGGAAGACCUUAUCGAAUGGGCACAAAAGAACCUCGGACGCAGCGGCCUCAGCAAAGACAACAUGGUCAUUCUGGAUGAUCUUACCGCACAAGACGAAACCUGCAUACUCGUGUCUCUGAAGGACUUACCGGACGACGAGUUACCAGAUGGUAUGGAUAAGUGGAUCAUCAUUCGGUCUGACUUCGAGUCUUCCAUCAUCUCCUUGAUGACGAAGGAAACGGGAGUUGGCGGAGACGAUCAUCUCGAUACUGAUUACGAAGGGUCCGAUGGAGUCUUGCGUAAUACGAUCAAGAACAGAGAGCGGGUGGUGUGA